AUGAUAUUAUCUAUUUUAUUAAUAGUAAAUUUGAUUACAUCAUCUGCUGCUUAAACUUAUGUUGGUGAAACACCUUGUACAGGAUUGUCAAGUGGAAGUUGUACUGCAAGUGCAAUAUCUGGAAUUGGAUAUUGUUAUUGGGAAUCGUAAUUUAUAACAUAAUUCCUCAUUAUAGAACUUGUCAAACACUUCCAUGUUAUAUGAUUGAUGAGGUAGCUGCAUGUAGAGCAGGUUCUGGAUUAAUAACUGGAGGUGCAUCUACUCUAUGUGAUUCAUUGGAAACUUUCAGUUUAUAAUAUGAUAAUGUUUGUUGUGAAAAAACAGAAGGGAAACUAAAUUAUGCUUUUGUGAGAUUUGUUAAAACUACAGAUGGCUAUGUUGAUAAGGCUAGUGAUGGAACAACUACAUUGACAUCUUUAACUUCAUAAACUUCAGCAAAUAUAUUUUAAUUAUAUACUGUAAAUCCAUGGAAGAUCAUGCCAUCAUUUACAACUUUGCCUACAGUUGCCAAUUUUUAAUCAUAAUUAGGAGCCAUUUUAAAUUAAUAUAAGACUUUGGCAACUGCAUUACAAGAUUAACCAGAUUCACAUCCAUUUUAUUUAGAAAGAACUGUUUACUAAUCAUUAUAAUUAUUAAGAGUAUAUGAAUAAAUCAAUCUUAGGAUUUCAUUGUUUUAUAAACCACUUCUUAAAAUACUAUGAGAGAUAACAUAUUAUAAUAAAUAUGGUCAGUUGCCCUUAUUGCAUUAUUUAGAAUGACCAAAUUCUAACCUAAUUAUUAUUAAACAAAUUACUAUUUUAUUAACUUUGCCAUCAUACCUUAUUCAAGAAAUUCAAUCAUAAUUAAUGGUCAAUAACAUAGUACUAAAAUUGAUUGGUCAAGCUAUGCUUAUAGUUCAAAUGGUUAUUUAAUGGUCUAUUCAUUUCCUCCUGAAAUGUUUGGAAUUAAAAAUGCUUAUUCUGAUGUCAUCUGUUUAAGACCUAUAAUUGGAAGUUCACCAGUUUAUAAUGCUGCUGAAAAUACUUUCGAUACUGGAUUUAAACCAUUAACAAUAACAUGGUCAUGGACUGAUACUUCAUUAACUGUUGUUGCUGCCAAUCUAAAAUUAUAUAAAUUUCCUAUUAAUAAUGCUUUAGAAAGUGGUAUUACUUAAGAAGCUGGUGUCACCUUUACUUGUAAUUUAGGUGGUAAAUACUGUGUUUCAACUACUAUAACAGCAACACCAGCUAAUACAGGAGUUAAUUAUUUUAUAUCAGCAGGAUUAGGAGUUGCUGCCGACAAAAAUAAAGUUUAAUGUAGAUUGUAAGGGAGAACAUGGUCAGGUUCAAGUUGUUCUUGA